AUGGCUGACGGAGAGCCACUUUCCCGAUGGGGGGGAUUUCGCGUCAUCCAGAACGUGGUUGACAACUCGGCGGAGCUCGUCGCCAUGCCAGCAUCCAUCGCUCGUCCCAGCUUCCAUGGACUUACAGUGCCCGUCACGGAACGUUCCCCAGCCAAUUUCCAAGAUGUGGAUGUAGUCGGAAUGACCUUUCAAUUCGGCCAACUCUCUACUUCCGAGACCAUUUCGACGCAUGAUUUCGUGCCAGACGGCGACACUACCAUCCGCGAGAGAGUCUGGGCCACCGACCCAACACAAAAUCCAAGUUUGCCCCUAAGCUAUUUCCUCAAUCGGACUAUGGAAGGCCCUUGGAUGCGCAGGCAGAGACGAAGAAGGAAAUGGCUUAUACACCUUGGGGCUACAGACGUUCGAGAACUGACUAUCGGCGUUGAUGGUAUGUUGGGCUUCCGUGGAAUGCCCUUGGAAGACGAGGCCCAUCUCAUCCCGCCGUCCGCUCUCCCGAAUAUUAUGGCUCUCGCCUUAAAGGACCCUUACAAUCGUGCGGCACUCCCCGAGGCCCUGGUAAUUCCUGAAACCCUUCUUGGCGUCAUCAGGACCAUAGCGGACACCUUGCCCACUGUCCGUAAGGUCUUAGAGGUUUUGACGUCAGCCAAGUCGAGCUACUGGUUGGACUGGGAGUUGUUGAGUGGCUUAGUUGAGACGAGCGAGGAAAACAUCAACAUUCUGGUGAACCGGGAUACUUCACCCAAAUCCUGGAUCUGUCAGGCUAUGGCUCGAAUGGUUGGGGAAGAGGCUGGUCCUGCAGCCAAUCCAAAUUGGUGGCGGGAUCAGUUGCCGUCCAGAAACAGAAUUCAUGAAAACAGCCCUGGCGCUUUUGCCUAUAUCGACGUGGCCAUUUCUCAACUGGGUAGAGCCGAGAGACGUCGGGAUUCAGGAAAUGUGGAUGGGGCAAAGACGGUCGCACGAGGUGUCCUGUUGCAUGUGAAAAUCUUUUCAGGGUUGCAGCAAAAUGGGCUUUUCAUUUCAUUGAUUGAGGAGCACAUCAAGGACCUUGAAGAUUACGCUCGGAGUAAGGGAUAUGAGGUUUAG